AUGGAAAACUCUAAUCAAACCUCCAUGAACAGGUUCCUCCUUCUUGGCCUCACCAAUAUCCCAUACCUACAGGCUUUAUGUGUUCUAAUGUUCCUGAUCAUUUAUAUCAUUACAUUGUCUGCAAACCUUUUACUUAUCCUUGUGGUGAAAAUUAACCCACAACUACAAACCCCAAUGUACUUUUUCCUGAGCAACCUCUCCAUUAUUGAUUUCUUCUUCUCUUCCACCAUAGUCCCCAAAAUCAUGGCAAUCACCUUGUCUCAGGAUAAAAGUAUUUCACUAAUGGAUUGUGCAACCCAGAUGUUCUUCAGUUUAACUUUAGGAACAACUGAGUGUCUCAUUCUGGCUGUUAUGGCCUACGACAGAUAUGCGGCUAUCAAUAAACCCUUACACUAUACCACAAUAAUGAAUAAGGGAUUUUGCAUAGGUAUGGCUGCUGGGUCUUGGAUUAUUAGUACUAUAAACUCUGCCAUUCAUGUUUAUCUCACAUUUCAGUUGCCUUUUUGCAGAUCCCACCAGAUUAACCAUUUCUUCUGUGAGAUGCCGCCUUUAUUUAGGCUGUCUUGCCGAGAUACAAACCUCAAUGAGGUAGCCAUGUACAUCUCAGCUGGGAUAAUAGGUGUGUGCUCAUUCGUUUUGACUCUCGUUUCUUAUGUUCAUAUCAUUUCCACUAUACUUAAGAUUCGUUCCACUGCUGGAAGGUAUAAAGCUUUCUCCACGUGUGCGUCACAUCUAGCGGUGGUCUCUCUGUACUACGGCACGCUUCUAUUCAUGUAUAUGCGGCCUCACUCGGCCUAUUCUCCAGAAGUGGACAAGACCGUGUCCAUUAUUUACACAACGGUGACACCAAUGCUGAAUCCUAUUAUCUAUAGUAUAAGGAAUGAGCAUGUUAAAGACACAAUUAGAAAAAAACUGAAUGAACUAAUGCCUUGGCUUAUUAAAUGAAUAUCUCUGGUACCAUACCAUAUCCAUUCCUGGCGAAAAAAUGUGCUUAUCACUAUUUCUAAACUCUUUUCUAACUUUAUACAAGCUUUGCAAUUUUAAUUUUUUGCCAUUGCUUUUUCUAAAUAGAAAGAGUAAAUAUAAUUGAUGUUUAAGAGAAUACCAUAUACACUAAAAAAAAACAAUUGUCUUGGGAGUCAACGGCCUCAGGGCCAACUGAGACACAUACCCGAUUGUAUAUAAGCUUCAUGCUUUCUGCUUUUCUCAGCUAUAGAGACAUGGAUCAUCACUUUCAAACUCCUGCUUGGAAAAAACAAAACAGAGAGCUAUGAAUCAAUAAACCUCAAGCAAAACAUAUUUUCCAUUGUACAGGUUCUAAGAAAGUAAAAGUGGUGUUUCAUUUUAUCUACUGUAUAUUCUGUAGGCUUUCUAUUUCUUUUCUUUCUUCUGGUCCAAUACAGAUAUGUAAUGAUGAUCCAGGUAAGCUUUUAUCAGUUUUACCAACAGAAACUACAUUACUAUUAACUACAUUACUAUUAACUACGUUACUACUAAAUUACAGUACAGGUAUGGGACCUGUUAUACAGAAUGCUCAGGACCUGGGGUUUUCCAAGUCUGCUAAAAAAUGUAUUUAAACAUUAAAUAGGACUGUUCUGCCCCAAUAAGGGGUAAUUAUAUCUUAGUUGGGAUCAAGUACAGGUACUGUUUUAUUAUUAC